AUGGUUGCAACUGGCAGUUUGAGCAGUAAGAACCCGGCCUGCAUUUCAGAGUUGCUAGACCAUGACUUCCACCCGGGGAGCCUGCUAAAUGAUUUCGACUACUGGGAUUAUGUUGUUCCUGAACCCAACCUCAAUGAGGUGAUGUUUGAGGAGACAACUUGCCAGAGUUUGGCGAAAAUGCUGGAGAACUGUCUGUCCAAAUCAAAGCAAACCAAACUUGGUUGCUCCAAAGUCCUCGUCCCUGAGAAACUGACCCAGAGGAUUGCUCAGGAUGUCCUGCGGCUGUCCUCCACGGAGCCCUGCGGCCUGCGAGGUUGCGUUAUGCACGUAAACUUGGAAGUUGAAAACGUAUGUAAAAAGCUGGAUAAGAUUGUGUGUGAUUCAAGCGUGGUGCCCACUUUUGAGCUCACCCUUGUGUUUAAGCAGGAGAACGGCUCCUGGACUAGCUUCAGGGACUUUUUCUUCAGCCGAGGUCGCUUCUCAUCUGGCCUCAGGCGAACUCUGAUCCUGAGUUCAGGAUUCCGACUUGUGAAGAAAAAGCUUUACUCCUUGAUUGGAACCACAGUCAUUGAAGAGUGCUGAAAAGGAAAGAUUUUAAAGGUCCUUUUUAUGAUUGGGUCAUAAAACUGCACAGUUGCCCUGUGAGAGUCAUUUUAGUCACUCUGCCUGCUCUCAACGAGAAACCCCAAAUUGAGUCAUCUCCCUUCCAGGCUUCACAUUUACAGCAACCCAACUAAAAGGCUG